AUGCAGUCGUCGAAAGCGGGUCAAGAUGAGAGUUCUGCUGCAGCAGCAUCCAACGACGAGAACAUCCAAGUCCGAUCUUUGACGGCAGCUGAAACAGACAUUGAGAAAUGCUACGCCAUGCGCAAUCAAGUUUUUAUUCAAGAACAAAAUGUUCCAAUUGAAAUUGAAAUGGACUCGUACGAUGAGACUGCCUUGCACAUUUUGGCAACCUAUCAAGGUCAACCGUGUGGGGCGGCACGAUUGGUAGUGUCGGAGGAUACCAAGACGGGGAAGAUUGGCCGCGUCUGCGUGCUGAAUUCCCAUCGGCGAAAAGGCAUUGGACGGAAAAUUAUGGAACACUCUAUUCAGGAACUAAGACGGAUACUGGGGACAGGAAACAAGGCGCAAUUGGGGGCCCAGACCCACGCUCUAAAAUUCUAUGAAAGUAUGGGCUUUGGAUUGGUUCCAGGAGAAGAAUACAUGGCGGCGGGUGGAGUGCCCCAUCGAGAUAUGGAAUUGACGUUAUGA